AAGCCAACCAAUAUCUCAGAAAUCACAAUCAGAUAUUUUAAAUCUUCUUAAAUCUGACAAAAAUGAGGUACACGAUGGAUACAGAAUAGUUGCUGGCGUAGUUUUGUCGCGUAAUCCUAUUAUCUUCAGAGACCCACACCCCUUUGAACGAGAAUAUUAUUUAUAUCAGCAACGAUUAGAACAUAUACAUGCAUCACCCUUUCCGGUGGAUUUUUAUUUUAAAAAAGGUAGUGUAGCAGAGAAAAAAUGGAAGGAAAAAAAGGAAAGAGAAAAAGCAGAUGCAUUAUUAGCAUUUGGUUUACGAAAAACAAAAAAUAAAACGUCUUCUGAGAAAAUUGGCGAGGAUGAAGCUAUAGAUUCAAGUGAUGUAUCAUCGGAGGAAGAAGAAAUAAAAAUUGCUAGUAGAAUAACAUCUGCCGACUUAACGAAUGAUGCCAAGUCACUUGAUAGAGCCUUACAGCGUACGUUAUACCUUAUCGUCAGGAAACCAAGAGAAGAACAUUCGUGGCAAUUCCCACAAGGUGGAGUUGAGAAAACGGAAACGUUGGUUCAAGCUGCUAGUCGAGAAUUGGAAGAAGAAUGUGGUAAUUGUAUGGACGUUUGGUUCGUUGGGAGAAGACCGGUUGGGUAUUACAAGUAUGACUACCCAAAAAGCUUUGUAAAAGACAAUGCCGAAUAUAAAGGAGCAAAGGUAUUCUUCAUGGCCGCGCACAUAUUCGCUGGUCAAGUCAAAGUAGAUAAUAAAGAAAUUGUAGAUUUUGCGUGGGUUACCAAGCAAGAGAUGAAAAAUUAUGUACAUACCGAAUACUAUGAAGCUGUUAAAGAUAUGCUAUCUGAACACUAA